ACGGCGGCAGCGGCAGCAGCAGGCGAGGAGGAAGAUGGCGGGACGGCUGCCGGCCUGUGUGGUGGACUGUGGCACGGGGUAUACAAAACUAGGAUAUGCUGGAAACACAGAACCACAGUUUAUCAUCCCUUCCUGUAUUGCUAUUAAGGAGUCAGCAAAAGUGGGUGAUCAAGCUCAGAGGAGGGUGAUGAAAGGUGUUGAUGACCUAGACUUCUUUAUUGGUGAUGAAGCAAUAGAAAAACCUACAUAUGCAACAAAGUGGCCAAUUCGCCAUGGUAUAGUUGAAGAUUGGGACUUGAUGGAAAGGUUUAUGGAACAGGUGAUCUUUAAAUAUUUAAGGGCAGAACCAGAAGACCAUUAUUUUCUUUUGACUGAACCUCCACUGAAUACUCCAGAAAACAGGGAAUAUACUGCUGAAAUAAUGUUUGAGUCCUUCAAUGUUCCAGGCUUGUACAUUGCUGUGCAGGCUGUUCUUGCCUUAGCUGCAUCUUGGACCUCAAGACAAGUAGGAGAACGGACAUUGACCGGUACAGUAAUAGACAGUGGAGACGGUGUCACUCAUGUCAUUCCUGUGGCCGAAGGGUAUGUGAUUGGCAGCUGUAUUAAGCACAUUCCAAUCGCAGGACGAGAUAUAACAUUUAUUCAGCAGUUGCUGAGAGACCGAGAAGUAGGAAUCCCUCCAGAACAAUCCUUGGAAACUGCUAAGGCAGUAAAGGAGCGCUAUAGUUAUGUCUGCCCAGAUUUAGUAAAAGAAUUUAACAAGUAUGACACAGAUGGAUCAAAGUGGAUUAAGCAAUAUACUGGAAUCAAUGCUAUCUCAAAAAAAGAAUUUUCUAUUGAUGUUGGUUAUGAGAGAUUCUUGGGACCUGAAAUCUUUUUUCAUCCAGAGUUUGCUAAUCCAGACUUUACUCAACCUAUCUCAGAAGUUGUAGAUGAAGUAAUUCAGAAUUGCCCUAUUGAUGUCAGACGUCCUCUCUACAAGAAUAUCGUCCUCUCUGGAGGUUCAACCAUGUUCAGGGACUUUGGACGUCGCUUGCAAAGAGAUUUGAAAAGAACUGUAGAUGCCAGGCUGAAACUAAGUGAGGAAUUGAGUGGUGGCAGAUUGAAGCCAAAACCUAUUGAUGUACAAGUCAUUACACACCACAUGCAGCGAUACGCAGUUUGGUUUGGAGGAUCGAUGCUGGCUUCCACGCCUGAGUUCUACCAAGUGUGCCACACCAAAAAGGAUUACGAAGAAAUUGGACCUAGCAUUUGUCGUCACAAUCCAGUGUUUGGAGUCAUGUCGUAAAAUUGAUUUGAUAAUUAUUGGGGUUAGGGAGGUGGGGAAGAAAUAAUCUUUCUGAUUACCUGUUUUGUCUGGAUGGCUGGUUUUGAGGUUUUAAACCUGACUUGGAGUAAGAAGACCAAACAUAAUUAUACAGGAUAUUUUAAUAAGUAUAUCAACAUGCGAAUGUAGAGGAGAGCCAAAAUGAUUAUGUGUUUUUCUUUAGACUGAAUAUUUGAAUCUUAUGUGUAACAAAAAGAAGUGGGUUUUAGUUCUUUCUGUGCCCUGAUAUUUUGUAUAUUAUUGAAUUAUCCAAGAUUCGAUGGGAUUUAUCGGUAUGUAGAUAGCUCUAUAAUGCUUGAGUUGUGCACUUCUAAGUGUGCAAUGCAAGAGCUUGUUUAUAUUUCAUACUUUUUAUACUUUGAGGAAAAAAAAGUCAAAGAAAAACUAGUAUUUGAGGAAAAACAAGUGACCAAGUAAAGGAUAAAUUAAAAAAGCCUCAUGAGACUUGGCGCACACACACACUCAUGGGAUUCCAGUUAUUACAAAUGGCUUCCACCCCCCUGUACCCCCACAGUGGUUUUCUUUGCAAGUGCUUUUGGAACUAAGAAGCUAGUAUCUUGGAUUAACUGAUGCCUGCUAGUGCUUUCUGAUUACUCGAAUUCUGUUUCUUGCUUUAAAGGAAAAGUAAAGACAAGAUUGUUGGACCAGUAAUGCAGUUCUGUAGUGUCAUUUCUUAUUAAAAAUGAAAAUUUGAUUACCAAAAUUGGUAUAUUUAAAGCCUAACACCAUUCUAAUAAAGGCACAGAUUUCUUUUUAA